GUCAAACUGGAUGCAGGGAUCAGAUAAAUGUGCUUAUGGGGCAAGUGUUGAGCUGCAGUACGAGAGGACGAGCGGGGAACAGCUGAACAGCGCCCAGAGCCUAAGCGGCUGUGCUAAAAAAAAGUUAGCGAAAAAUGGCUUACAAUGUAUCGCUCGCCGGACCCGGCCCAUGGGGCUUCCGUCUUCAAGGAGGAAAAGACUUCAAUAUGCCCUUGACCAUCUCGAGAGUCACCCCCGGCAGUAAAGCAGCACAGUCCAACGUGAACCAAGGAGAUUUGGUGGUGGCCAUCGACGGAGUAAGCACCGAUGGAAUGACUCACUUGGAGGCUCAGAAUAAGAUCAAGUCUGCCAGUUACAACCUGGGUCUCACCCUUCAAAAAUCAAAGCGUCCAGGGCCAGUGCCAAUGGCCACACCUCGAAUGGACUCGCCAAUGCCCGUGAUCCCUCAUCAGAAGGUCAUAGCCAACACCGUCGCCAACUCCGAGUUUGUGGAACGCUUCAACCCCAAUGUCCUGAAAGACUCGGCGCUCUCCACCCACAAGCCCAUCGAGGUGAAGGGUCCCGGAGGGAAAGCCACAAUCAUUCAUGCUCAAUAUAACACCCCGAUCAGCAUGUAUUCACAAGAUGCUAUCAUGGACGCCAUUGCUGGCCAGGCACAGGCCAGAGGCAGCGACCUCAGCGGUGAGCCCGAAGCUUCGUUGGUUAACCUGCCUGUUAAAGAUCCUCAUGUAGACAUUGCUUCUCCAGUGUAUCAGGCUGUGCUUAAAACUCAGGGCAAAAGUGAAAACGAGAUCGACGACUGGGCGCGCCGAGCUGCGAAUCUGCAGUCCAAAUCCUUCCGUGUCCUGGCGCAGCUGACUGGAACGGAAUACAUGCAAGAUCCUGAUGAAGACGCCCUAAGAAGAUCAAGGGAAAAGUUUGAAACGGAACGUAACAGCCCACGCUUUGCUAAAUUACGUACCUGGCAUCACGGCCUUUCAGCCCAAAUCCUUAACGUUAAAAGUUAAACGCCCCCCCCCCGUAACACGGUAUUAAAUGGAAAGGCACAACACACCGUACUGCAUUACCAUCCAUUAAAAAGAUUCACCCUAUAAAUAAACCUAUAAAUAUAUAAAUAGACAACACAGGGAUAUGUUCUUGCAGUGCCUGUCAGGAUUUUCCUUUCUGUAUCAAGUUGUUUAACUCGCCAUUAUCAAAUAAGAGAGAAAUAAAAUAUAUAUAUAUAUAAUAAUAAAUAAUAAAAUAAUGCUUGUAAAGAGAUUAUCAUAUGCUUUAUGUUGUAUUUGGGAUUCUAGAAUUAAAAGAAAGCGAUAGUGCUGAUGAAACGCUAAAUUCUGCUGUAUUUCAAUUUCCUUUAAAAAACAAAAUCAAUAAAAAAAAAUAAAAAAGAUAAAAGUAACCUUUGUCAGGUUUUGUGUUAUUAUUGUAUAUACUGCUGGUCUGGAGAUUGGAAAGUGGAGGCAGCCAUGCUUAUGUAGGCUCACGUAGGAAAUGGAUAUGGCCGUAGUGGUCCAAAAGAAGAUGGAGGCUUACGUUGAAGGACGAUACCUUUAACUGGGCCAACAUAGAAGAAAGAUGCAGUCUUAUCAGCCUUCAGGACCUUCGAGGUUUCUUCUCCAGGUUAAAGGAGAACUGGGACCUCAAGACCUCCGAGGUCCCAAAAGGCUAUGUGACUCUAUAUCUCUUUUUUGGCCCAAUAAAAGGAAUCACCUUGAAAUGCGUACGAAGGAUGCACAUCUGUAGGUUAGCAGUAGAAUCUGGUUUGGUUGGCUAGGGUCAAAGUCUUGCGUAGUUGGGUUUCGAAGUGCCAUCAAAGUAUAUACAAUCAAAGAACAUUGAUUUAGCUUAUGCUUUGGGUUCUUGUAGCUAAAGGGAAGGGAUAACAGAGAUACAGCUGGCCAGCUUAGUCCUGGACAUUCAAAUUGUCUCUACUUCACCGGUUGAUGACAAGAACUCAGAAGUCAACAUGUUUUUUGUGGAACUCCAAGAAAUAAUCUUGGUGUCCACUUCAGGUCAAAGACUUCCUCGUCUUUGCGAGGUUUGAAGUCCUAUAUGGGUUUGAUCUGUACAUGUAGACAUCUCCCAAAGGUUGUCGGCUUUGGUAAUGUUCAAGGCGCUAGUUGGUUGAAUGUUUCGAGUUGGCUCCAGUUGAGGCCUUGCUAGUUUGGGUAGUUAGGUGGUUAGCGACACAUCUACAUUUUGCUAUUCAUAUAUAACACGUAAUCAUUAUAUGUAUAUAUUACACAAGGCAGGAGAAGAUACUUUAAGACUCGGAGCAGAAGGUUGCUAAUUGUCUCAGUGGUAUAGAAUCACGUUGACCUCGUAGGCUGCCAGGUUGGGAUUCCAUACUACGACCUAAAUGCUUGGUCCCAUAUAAUGUAAUACAUAUUCUUGGCUCUAUUAUACUUUUUAUCAUUUCGAAAGGACUGCAUAUGUUGUGUUUCCUAAAUUCCGAUCUGCCUACUUCUGUACCGAGUUUAAAAAAAAAAAAUUAUAUAUUUUUUUUAAAAGGCUUGUAAAGAUUUGCUGUGAAAUAAGAUAUAUCAGGGCUUUUGUCCCCUUGAAUGUACUAAUACUAUUAGGCUGAAUUCAAAAAGGAUGUUUAUAUGUGAUUAAUAUCAGUACGAUGCCCAUGUAAUGUAAGAUACUGAUUCUAUCAGCUUCAUUAUUAAUGUUGCUUUCGAUUUUAACAUUUAUUUUGUUUAUUGCUACUGCUUAUACAUUCUCUGUACCGAUAGCGGCAAUUUUUGUGGUUGUGAAAAUAAACCAAAAAAUUAAAUAAA